AUGGCAGAGAAGAAGAAAGAGGCGGAUCACCUGCCUACUUCAGAAUCCGAACAAGAUGAUUUUAUAGAGCCAGACCCUCCCGUAGACGUCAGUCAGGCUAAUGCUGAUACUUUUGUCAACAUCGAUUACGAAGAUCUUGUCAAUCCAGACUAUGACAGUCAUCCCAGCGGAUACAUCCAUGAUAUCGUGAGGCAAGGUUCACACGACGGUGAUGAUGAGCAGAGAAUGGGUGUUGGUUCUGCAAGCGACGUAUCGACGGGAGAGGAGUCUAGUGAGGACCAUACAGAGAUUUCUACAAAAGAGCUCUCCAAGGCUCUAGAUGAAGUUUCUAAAUUACAACAUCCAGAAGUCAGUUCAGAAGAUCUUGAAGAAAUUGAUGAAGUUGACACUCAAGAAUGGCGACAACGAAAGAAACAUGUGUUCAUCCUAAGUGAAGCAGGCAAGCCUGUAUAUACCAGGUUUGGAAAUGAGGACAAGUUGGUGACAGUAAUGGGGGUCAUGUCAGCACUAGUUUCGUUUGUUAAUGAUUCCAAAGACUUGGUGCGAUUUAUUGUGGCUGGUGAUCAUAAAUUUGUCUUCCUUGUUAGAGAACACUUAAUUCUAGUUUGUGUGUCUCAUGGUGCAGAGUCAGCUCAGCAACUCCUCCUUCAUCUGUCUUACGUGUAUAAUCAAAUUCUCAGUGUGCUCACAUUUAGCACACUACAUAGAAUAUUCAAACAGAGAAGAAACUAUGAUUUACGAAGACUUUUGACUGGUGCGGAAAAGUUUUUGGACAAUUUGUUAAACAUGAUGGACACAGAACCUGGAAUGUUGUUAGGAGCUGUUCGUUGUUUACCUUUAGACAGCCAAGUGCGGGACAACAUAGCUCAGGCCAUUGUUCAGAAUGCCAAAGUUAAGGAUUUGGUGUUUGCCCUCAUUUUAGCCAACAACCAGCUUGUGACUCUGGUGAGGAUGAAAAAAUACUUCCUACAUCCAAUGGAUCUUCACCUUAUCAUCAAUCUAGUUAAUGCGUCCGAAUCUUUCAAGGCAGCAGAGUCUUGGACGCCGAUUUGUUUACCCAAGUUUGACUCCAGUGGUUUCCUACAAGCUCACAUCUCUUAUCUGGAUGACCGCUGUGAAGCCUGUCUUUUACUUUUAUCUGUUGACCGAGAGUCUUUCUUCACACUGUCAGAGUGCAGGAACAAAAUCAAAGAUCGGUUAGUAAAGUACAACGCCCUCAAGGCCAUCAGUGAUUCCUUGAUGAAGACAAGUUACAGUAUACAGCAGUGUGGAAUAUCAGACUUACGACAUUUUCUAUACAAGUCCCGACACAUGGCACAGUUCACAAGUCCAGAGCUGGAGGCACCAUACUUGUCAGAGGUGGAACAGGAACGCCUGUAUGGGCUGUACUUCUAUCUUCACCACCGAAUACACACGUCAGCCCGGCCACUUAAAAUACUCUACACUGUUGGCCCACAUGAGACUCUCCUUGGCUGGGUCACCCAGAGUUUUGAACUGUAUGCAGUAUUUGGACCACUAGUGACCAAAGUGGCAGCUAUUCAAGCCAUCAACAAGCUGUUACGCUGGGUGAAGAGGGAGGAAGAUCGUCUCUUUAUAGCAAACCAUGUCACAUUUUGACAAGUUUAAUAAAGCUUACUGUGAUAUAAAGUUUUUAAAAAUGGUACAAAGGAUAAGAUGAUACAAUGCCAGUAUAUUAGUGUCACGAGAAUUCAUCACUGCCAGUACUGGUUCUGUCACAUCCAAUAUUCUAUUCUACAAAGUCAUGGAGUAACUUUUUCAGGUCUCUUUACAUUAACUGCAGACACCUUCUUCAAUGUCUAGAUCAUUGUGACAGUGACCAGAGAAAUGACACAUAGUGUAGUAGAUAGAUACACAAAUUAAUCAGAUAAAGCCUUGUAACGUGCCCUGCAAUAUCAUUAGUGACUUUCAUCAAACAACAUUUUACUGAUGUGUCGUGGUCAUAUGAUUUUUUGAAAAAAAUGUAACAUUUGUACUCCAAAGAAGAUAAGAAGUUGAGUAUGAAGACUUUUUGUUGUGUACAUCCAGAUUAUGUUAUAGUGCUAUAGUAAUAGAGAUAAUUCUCUGUAGAACAUUGGUGAUUUUAUGACGAAGGGGGAGAAUAUAGGUCAAGGUCACUAUUAUAAUCAGAAAAAAAUAAACAUCAAGCAACAAUUUGGAAAUAGGUUUGGUUAUUCAGGGAUUGUUUUCCCAAACAGGUCUCUGUUGGUAAUUUUGAUAAAGGUCCACAUUCCUACCUUUACAAUAUGUAGAAAAUCGUGGUUCUACUCAUUUUGUUCUCAUGAUUCCACAUUUAUUUGAUCACCAUUGCUGUCGUCUUAUUUUCUGUCGGCCUGCCACCACUCAUUCAACCCUUAGCUUUCGGAUUAAACCUAACACCUAAUGUCAAGGUCAUACAUUCAAUGUCAAAGGUGAAUCUUUACACAAAAUUGCAAAGAAACUGUGCAUUCUGCAAGAUCAAGCUUUAAAGCGUCGACAAAAUUUCCGGGACAUCAGCAAUUAAUCUAGAUGACAUUUUCCAUAAACCAGUAGAGUAUCGGGUCAUAUAUUGAAGAUGAAGGUCAUGGCUUGUUUAAGAUACUAGUUACAUCACCAUUACUUAUGAAAGAAAUGUAAGCCACCAAGCCAGCUUGCACUGUGACGUCGCCAGCAUAUUCAGAUUUGUGGUUUCGCUAAUAUAAUGUGUAUCAAACUCCAAAGCUAUAUUAUCGAUUUAGGCAGGUGCUUAGGUAUUGUAAAUAUUGUGGCUUUUCUAUGGUUCCAAUUUCUGUGGGUUUACCAAAAUCAAGUCCUGAAAUGGUCGAUGAUUUCCUUUAUUAAUUAUAUUUACAGUUUAAAGAUAGAGCCCCUUCAGCAUUAACAACCUUGAUGAUGUUAUCUCUACAAAUCUUGUUAAUGUUUCUGUCUCUUCUAUGAUUGUAUUAAAAUAAAUAAAAUAUAGAUAUAUUAUAGAGUACAGUAAAUGCAAUCAAAUUUAAGUAAGUCCAUUCAUAUCUGUUGGUGCCUACCAUUCUUAUUUCCUAGAUUUGUUCACAAUUUUGUCAACAUGAACAAAAUCAUCGAUAAAAAAUAACAUGGAUUUACUUCUUCAAAAUCAUGGAUGUCUUGUCGCUGUUAGGUACAACAAUAGUAUAGGGAACAAGAAAGGUGCUCAGACCACUCCAAACUUUUGUCCUAUUGUUUUUCACUGGUGGAGAGAUCUAUUUGGUACUACAGGAACUCCAAUCAGUGGUACUAGCAACUUCAUCAACUAUUACUGUAGAUUAACAUGGUGGAUGUUGGUGAUAUUACAAAUCUCUUAUCACUUACCUUAAAGUUGUAUAGGUGAUAUGUCUGCAGAUUGAUACAGUCAAGAGUCAUUUGGUGCAUGAGUUUUUAUAGCAUGUGGUUUUUAAGCUUUCAAUGUCGGUCAGAUUGUCUUUAUUGUCGAUAUGAAUGUAAUGUGGGGGUAAAUAGAAUGGACAUCAUGAUUAUCUGUCUAAAACCCAGAUUGCAUUCAAAGUUACAAGAAAUACAGUCUGACAAACAUUCAGUGGUACAUUUCAGGUAUUAUUUAAAACAUAAUCACAACUUUUGUCUGAUUUAAGAUUGUUUUUCUCAUUUUAUGUUUACAAACUGGAAAAAUUAUUUUAAAAUCAUUAUCAGCAAUGUAAUUAACAUAAAGCUAUAAUGCAUGUUUUCUGAGGUGACAUGCAAAAACAUUGAUGUAGUGUCUGUCAACAUGGCGCCAAAAUGACGUUAUGUUAUUGUCCCCUGGUCCAGACUGCAUUCAUACUCCAAAAAAUACAAUCCUGCUUAACAUCAAGUUUACAGGAGGCCAUCAUACAAAAUGUAUAUAUAAAGCAAUGAAUGCUAUAUCUCCAUCUGUACUCAUCUAAUCUCAAAUUGUCCUGAUCUUAAUCAUAAUAUUCACACCUACAAUGUUUUCAAAUUUCAGUUUUAAACAAUGUGGGCUGAAGUGUAUUGGAAAUCAGGGGCUUUUGUCCUAGUAAAAUAUUAACUUAUUGAAAAGUUAUUUAUUAAUGUAUGAAAUAUUAUAUUUGUAUUGUCACAUGAAAAACAAUCUAUAUUAAAAUGUGAUUAACAUUA